CGGCGGUUGCGGCGGCCUCGUCUCCCUCUCGGAACACUUGCACAUCAUGAGCCGCGGCACGGCGCAGCUGAUCGGCAACUCGUGCCAGUGUGCCGCUAUCCUGUCUGGUCACGACCAUGACUCGCCGACGGCGCUCGCCUGCCUCGAGUUCGGCGUCGGUCUGGCGAUGGCGCAGGAGCUGGUUGCGGAGGCGGACGCGAUGGACGGCCUAGUCAAGAAGAAGCGGCGAGCGCCCAAGCGGUGGCUGGCGGCUGGGCCGGUCACGCCAUCGACGCCGCUGCUGGUGGCGGCCGAGCAGUUCCCGGAGCUGGCAAAGGUGCUUUCCCGCGGCCUCCGCGAUGAGUCCGACGCGGCGCUGGCGCUCGAGAUGGUUGAGAGGUCAGGCGCCGUGGCGCGCACGCAGGAGCUCGCGACUGAGCAAGCGCAGGUCGCCGUCGAUUCGCUGGGCCUGCUCCCGCCUUCCGACACGCGAGACGCGCUGCGUGUCCUCUGUCACAAGGUGCUCACCGGCGCCAGCAUAAAGCCCUGAGCCGGCGCGCGACGCCUUUUGUCCCGUGCGAGUGUGUUGCCUCUCUCCCGCGGACUCCCCGCCGCCCUUCCGACCCAGCACAUCUCAUGAGAGGGAGCGGAGGCUGCGCGUGGGUCUUUACUCUGUUCCCCGAGAGGACGUCUCUGCGGCGGGUGAGAGAACCCUUUUU